GUAAAUCAAUUGAUAACUUGGGGUUCUCGGCCCAACGCAUCGCGUUAAGGCGCAAGUCUUCACUGGAGUCUGAUUCUGAUACAAGUACCUGGCGGCCUGAGUCCUUAUUCUCAAUCGAUAUGCAGUCAAAUUCGUCUGGAACUUCGUUUACAUCGGUGGCACAUACUUCGGCAGCGGACGCUUUUGCUACCCUUUUAAUGACUAACGACGAGAUAAGAUCACUCUGCGUCAGCGGGGUUACGGACUGCAAUGUUGGCCCACUCAGACUGGAGAGAAACCUUCCCCGGCUGCUGUAUCAAUACUCGAAAGAUCUACGUGAGGAGGCUGUGACGCCGGCGCAACUUACAGCUGUGGAGCUUUUCCAAUCCAGAUCUCGGCUGCAGCAUAUUGCUAGCAAAGUACGGCGAACGGUUAACGGUGACUCCGAGAGACUCGCUCUUCCCAACGAACCGCUCGACCCUAAUGCUAGUAUCCAGCGUUAUCUUGACGAGCAAGAAGGCCAACGAAAGCCUCUAGACAUUAAGAACAAAGACAUUUCUGCGGGAUCCAGUUCCAGUGACGAUGAACAAGACGCAGAGAUCAAUGAACCACGAGAUUUUAACGUACAGUCCCUCGCAGCCUUUCUGUCUAAUAGCAUAGCAUUUCAGCUUUUGCAACAGAAUCUACGAGAUUUUGUCUUCCCAAAAAUUUCCGGCGAGCUAGAUCGCAUCUCGCAGCGCAUCCUGAGACAUCCCCGUGUACUCUCGAACAAGGACAUAGCUGUACUUCAAGGUGUGAUUUAUCAGCUUCGCCAAGCUGACCCCGCCUCAAUUUCCGUCUCCGAUCACCAGGCUUCUGUUAAAGAUAAGUGGAAAAUAAAAAUGGAGCAACUUUGCGGAAGUUCAUGGGACUGGUGGCCUAUACAAGAACCAAUCUACCCAACUCGUCCCGGCCACAUCUACAUACUCUGGCAAUGUGUAAGCUUAAGACGGUGGCUCCUCCUUACUUCACAGCGCUAAAAUACCUCAGAGAUGCGGUGUUCACCGCAGAGCUCAAGUCCCAACUUGGGUUGGUAAUAGUUUAAGUCGAGUUUCAAAUGUGUUCAAAAGCAGUUCGAGCGGUACACUACCGACAACUACGCAGAAUGCUCCCUUGCAAGCACAGUUAGGAGCAGGAAACGCCUUUAAUUCCUCACCAGGUAGCAUGUGUGGAUACUUCAAAUGAAAGUAAGAACCUAAAUGUGGUCCAUU